AACUGCAUAUAUAGUAUGUGACAUUUCUCAUGAUCACGAUCAUCUAAACGUUGAAAUAAAAAUAUAAUUGUUUAUAAUAAUGAAGUAAUUAUUUAAAUAAUUCCGUGAGUGUUUAAAUGUUGUUAUGUUGAGUUAAAAUAAUUUAUUUAAUAAUAAUGAAAGAAAUAGUUCAUCAAACUAACCUGUCAUCGUCAACAAAUCACAACUAUGCGUCGAAAAACAAUAAUAGUUCGUCAACAACAACCACGAGUACGAGCAAUAACAGCACGAGUAUCACCAACGGUAAUAACCAGCGUAGAUACGCAGUACUGAGCACUGACUGGAUAUCCGCGAUCGGCGAGGAGCUGGGCCUUCACCCUCUUCCUGACUCGUUAUCAAAGAAACUCGCCGAGGAUGCUUCCUACCGCUUGCGAGAAAUUUUACACAAAUGUGUGACGAGACUGAGCCACAGCUGCAGGAAAAAACUCCUUUCCUCUGAUGUCAACUCUGUCAUCACGACUCUCUGUGAUGCUGACCCAGUAUACGGGUCGCCAGACCCAAUGCCAUCCUACCACACAGAAGCCCAAGUGUUUGUACCACAUGAAGAAGUCGUUGAUGUGGCCAGCGUUGCUUUGGAACCGGUUAAUUUGUCGCAAGCCAGCGAACCUCUCUGUGAUGAAGACGAACUUAUGGAGGAUAAAAAUACCGAGUUUCGUCAUGCUUACGCUAAACGCGCCUUAAAAAUUCUAUUUAAUGGAUCCAAAAAAACAUUUCAGGUUUUACUGAACGACUGUACAAAUAAUAGUCAUUUUGACGGGGAAGGGAUAUUAAAUAUUUUAGUUUCGAUAGCGAGGUCAACUGUGAUUUCAAAUAACGCUCAGUACACACGUGUUACAACACGUGCGUGUCAACUCAUUAUUGCAAUCACAUCAAACACUGGAACUGGAUACCCGUACCACAUAAAUUCGGUGGAAAAGUUGACAGAAUUAUUACUAGAACUGUUACUGGGGCAAAGUUUCAUAGAUUCAAACGUAGAAACAUUAUUCAAGACUUGUGCGUUGAAGCUGAUGCUCAGGUGGCCAGCAACUGCCGACAAAUUUCUACCGAUGCUAGAAAACGUUCUGUCGCAAGACGACAAACCCGGCAGUACAAUGAACAAGAAAAAAAUAACUGCUCUGGAGCUGCUGGUGGGGAUCCAGCCUCUGGUAUUUUUUCAGCCGUCAGACCCUCUGAUGUCGUUGGGAAAUCUUCUGAACGAGGCGCCUUCGGGUUCGAGACUGUGGCACCAAGUCGCGCUUUCAGUUAACGCUCUAGUGAGAUCGAAUAAUAAAUUACCAGACCUUAAAUUAUUAAGUGAACAUUAUGGCGACUCAUUGUUGCCUUACUUGGGACCAAUAGACAAUGAAGAAAGUAAAGAAAUUUUGCCACGGUUACUUCCUAUCAUUGUAAGAAGUAAAAUACGGUACGCCAAAGUACGUCCCAGUUCGAAAUCACCUGGUGAUAGACUCAAUACAUUUCCUGAUUCUGUUUUACGUGGACCUCGACGGGAAAUAAGGUUCGCAUUCGCUGGCGGCAGACCAGUAGCUCCAAAUAAUUUACGCCGAGUAAGUUUACGGGCGAAUUAUCAAAUUUUACGUGGCGAUAAUCGUGCAAUGACUGCCAGUGUUGCCUGUCGUCGUCUGUUGAUCCUCCGGGAUAAACAGAAUAAAAUAAAAACAACUUACAAUUUAGCUGCUAUUCAAAUUUAAAUUAAUUUAACAACUAAUAUUAUUUAAUCAAAAUAAUUUGAUACCUGAUUCAAUUGUAUAUAUAACUUAAAUGUAAAUUAAACCCGUGUUUUGUUUUGUAAAUUACUCGUAGUAAUUUAAAGUACCAGUUACCACUCGAGAUUAUUUAAAUAAUUAAAACAAAGUGUCAAAGUAUGCAUUCAUAUUUAUACAACAUUGCAAAAGUAUAUUUUAGUUUACAAAACAUCAGUAAGAAAAUUUAUCAAACGUCCAAUCGUAUGUUUGAUUCAAAAAUAAAAAACUGAUUAAAUGUACUUAUAAAAUUUACACAGCAAUUGUAUAAAAAUUUUAAUGAUUAAUUCAUUAAUUAGUUAAUUAAUCAUUAGCGUCAUCGUCAAGCAAAUUAUCAUAAAAUUCGCUCGCCCAUCGACUUCAGGAAUUUUUCCGAGUCAGCGAUAACUUUUUCAAGUCGUUCCUUCGUCGCUGAAGUCUGACGUUGCUCCAAUUUACGUUUCGCUGACUCGAUUGCCGAGCGGUAGCCCGGAAUGUUGCGAAUUAUUCGAAUGAAACGAUCAACAGCCACCAGGAGAUACUCUCCGGACGCGUCGAAUGUUAGGCAUGACACGAAACCUUUGUUGUAAAAAAAUUAAUUAAUUAAUUAAAUAAAAUAAUAAUAAUUAUUUAAAA